UAUAGUCCCCCGUGGCCUGGCAUCGGCUGCAAAGGAAGACCUCGACGCCGACCCUCCAAUUCCUCUCCUCCUUCGCGUUAAAAGCCACUGAAACCCCUGCCGAAGGACUUGAAGUGUCGGGGAAACAAGGACCCAAGAAUCCGUGUUGUGAGGGCGUCGUCGUGAGCAUGACCAUGAUCUCCAAGGGCACACUGGGCAUCUGCGCGGGCGUCGCCGGGGCACUGUUCCUCGGGUACUGCAUUUACUUCGACCAGAGGAGGAGGAGUGACCCCGAGUUCAAGAAAAAGCUCAGGGAGAGGCGUCGUAAGACAGCCAAGAGCAGUGCAGCAGGUGGCAAGUCAGUCAACUGGCCAAACCUCAAGGAUCAGGAGGCUGUGCAGAAGUUCUUCCUCGCACAGGUCCAGGCUGGAGAAGAGCUGUUGGCACAAGGUGAGGUGGAGGCGGGCGUGGAGCACCUGAGCAGGGCUGUGGCAGUGUGUGGGCAGCCUCAGCAGCUCCUGCAGGUCCUACAGCAGACUCUCCCCCCUCAGGUCUUCCAGAUGCUCCUUCAGAAGCUGCCAGCAGUCGGGGAGAGCAUCCUACAAGCAGCUGGAGGGCCCAAAGUGAGCGAGGAAGAUGUGGAAUGAAGGCCGAGGCAGCAGUGUUUAAUUUAAGGCACCCUCCCCCUUGCCCUCCUUCAGAAGUGACUCCAUGUUUGGAAGUGUCUUUAAAGGGAGAACACCUUAUUGAGCUCCCCCAACCCUCCACUACCACCACAACCACCUCCUCCUCCUCCUCCUCCUCCUCCCUCAUACCUUUCAUCAUGUACUCCCAAAGAUUGUGAUACUGUUAGUGGCGUACACACACACACAGGUACACAUACACAAGGACACAAGAUUGGACUACUAGCUUAAAUAUCUCUUGUUGGCUAUACUGUUACAUAACGAAGAAAGGAGGUGGAAUCAGUAGAAGAUUAAGAGAACGUGUUGCAUUAUGCUAUGUCUCGAUCAGGGAUGCCCAAGGCCUGCGAGCGCAAAGGUGUCUUGGCGUAAAUACCAUGGUACAAAAAUGGGAAAGAGGAAAAUAUGGAAAUUGUGUAGUGGGCCGUGUGUGUGGUCUCGCAACAUUGCUUGGAUGAUUAUGAUUACAUUCAGUUUGUCUUACAUUAUUUAUGAAAAUGUAGAUGCAGUGUAGUUAUUGUCAAGUGACUUUUUCCUUGUUUAUUUUUGGCUUGAUAGUUCUUUCAUUUUGGAUGCUAUUAUCAUUGUUAUUAUAAUUGUGUGUUUUUACUCUAUAUAUGUUUGAUAUGUAUACAUAAUUGUUUUUUUUCUUUUUCUUUUUUUUUUCUUUUUUUUUAUGUUUUCUAGUAGUUUUGAGUUCAUUUAAGAACUUCAUCUCAUGAGCAUAAUUUAUCAUAUCACAUCAUCGGGAUUGUUAGCCAUGUGUAUAGUUGUUCCACCAGAUAAUGCAGGCAGAACAGUCUGAAAUGUGAUUUGAAUAGAAAUCUAGCAUAUGUUCCCUUUUUUUCUUCUUUCUUUCCAUUUCUUUGUUAUUAAAGUUGUUUCUUCCAUCUCAAAUCUCUGCUUUCCCAUUUUUUUUUUUCUAAUGAACAGUUAUACAACACCUUUUAUAUUUUUCUCUCCCCUCUUUUCAUCACUCUCACUUUCACCCCCCCCCCCCCCCCCCACAUUCACCACUUCACCGGAAAAGUUUGUGUUCAGCCAGCUUUUUAUUUUUUAUUUUUUAUUUCCUUCUCCUCCUGUAGAUAGCAGCAGCAGCUUCAGAUAACACAAAACACACCCCUAUGGCUCUUGGGUAUCAUUGGCGGGUCAACUUGUGUGUGAAGAAAGAGAUGUUUUUCCUAUUAUAAUUUUUUUGUAUUUAUUAUUAUUAUUAUUAUUAUUAUUAUUAUUAUUAUUGUUGUUGUUAUUGAUUUUAUUUUUGUUGUAUAACUGGUGAAGGUGAGGAUUUUUAUGUGAAUUUUCAUUGCUGGUAUCAAAACGUGUUACUGUAUGCAUGUCUGUAUAUAUAAUUUGUUCUUUUCUUUUAAUUACAUGAUGACCCUUUUUCAAAGCCACAAGACCGCCACUCUUUCGGGUAUACUGUUCCUUCAGCCAUAUGCAAGGGGUACCUAGGUCCUUCACAUUGUGAUUGUGUGUAUUUCUGUUGAUGUUGGAAAGAAUGAUUUCUUCUGAUUAUUUAUGUAUUUUCUUUUUUUCUUUUUAGUAGCUUUCUACUUCACAUAAAAAAAAGAGAGAGAGAGAGAGAGAGUGUUAAUGUAAACUCCCGGAGCUUUAAAUGAAUGCAUGUGUGAGAGUAACAUUCGAGGCAAAGUGUAUUUUUUGUAUUGCGAGCACAAACUUUGUUUUCGUCCCCAUUGGGUAUUUCUUAUCAUUAUAACAUCUAGAUAACAAAUACAUAUACCAUGGUGUUCAUGGUGUUUCAUCAGCCACACACUGCCCAGUCAUUUUCAGUUUUGUUGAAGUGGAGAAAAUCCUUUUAUUGAUUUUGUAUUUGUUUUUUAUUGAUUUUUUUUCUAUUCACUUUUACCCAGUUUCUAUGUGGUUGUACAGCUGGACUAAUUAAGUCUGAAAAUGAUGUUCAUGAUAUAUGGAACUUGUGACUUCUCUGGGGCUAAUAACCAUCUAAGAAUGGCUUUAAACAUGUCGUGAAAGAACCAAAUUCCAGCUCAGUCUGCGUAUCCUUUUUCUGUUUUAUUCAAGUAACAGAACGCAUAUUUUGGAACAGCAGCAUCAUCGUGGUAGAGAGGAUGACUCCCCAUGUCUCGCAGCAUCAGGAUGUGUACUGUUCCUGCUGUGUGUUAUUUCAAUAACAAGAUUUCAGGGUAGAAAGUAUCCCAUGUACAUUAUGUACUAUAAACCAUAUAUUAUGUAUGUGGUGCAUCAGUGUUUAUUUUAUUUUUAUAAUUAUCAAAACAUUUUUUUUCUUUUUCUUUUUCUUUUUUUAUUGCGUUCCUCGUGAGGUACGGUGGAACACAAACUCCCUGGGAGCAAUGUGAAAGAUUUAUAUAACAUAAAUGCAGUGUAAAAAAAAAAAAAUCUGUGAACGCUCUCAGUGGUGUUAAAAAUCGGAUUUCUGUAAAUACUAGUGCACUAUGUUUAAGGAAAAUAAAAAGUUUUCUGUA